AUGGCGCCCAGGCUUCUUCUCUGCGUGGCCCUGUGUCUCCUGGGAGCAGGCUCCCUGGAAGCCGAUGUGACCCAGAGCCCAAGAUACCGCAUCACAGAGACCAAAAAGGGGGUGACAUUGACUUGUUCUCAGAAUAUGAACCACGAAGCGAUGUACUGGUAUCGACAAGACCCGGGGCUGGGCCCAAGGCUGAUCUACUUUUCAAGGAACAUUGGGAAUGUUCAAAAGGGAGAUAUCCCUGAUGGAUACACUGUCUCUCGAGAAGAGAAACCAAACUUCCCCCUGACCUUGGAGUCGGCCAGCACCAAACAGACCUCCUUGUACCUCUGUGCCAGCAGACCCUCUUGCCUUGAACCUGCCAUGAGAAUCAGGCUCUUCUGUGCCUUUUGCUUCCUGGGAGUAGGCCUCAUGGAUGCACAAGUAACCCAAACUCCAAGAUAUCUGGUCAAAAGGAGAGGAGAGAAGGUUGUGAUAGAAUGUAUACAGAGCAUAGACUAUAAGAGAAUGUUCUGGUACCGACAAGACCCAGCUCUGGGGCUGCGGCUGCUCCAUUUCUCAAUCAAUGUUGGCAUGGUUGAGAAAGGCGAUGUGCCCCAUGGGUACAGUGUCUCCAGAAAGAAGAAGGAGAGCUUCCCUCUGACCCUGGAGUCUGCCACCACCAACCAGACGUCUGUGUACCUCUGCGCCAGCAGUGAAUCCACAGCGCAGCGCGGCCACAUCCUCUCUGCACAAAAAGCGGGGACCCUGCAGGAAGCGGGGUCGGGGGGACCCUGA